AUGACUGUCAUAGUAUCGUUAGGAAAGUUCCUUGGCUGGUUUGGUUUCUUGACACUUUUUCAUUCAGCAUAUUCUACAUAUGAACAUUUAUCAUAUCUUAAAGCCGUUGAAAAAAUUCCAAAUGAAAUGCCAAUUGAGAUUACGGUCGAAUGCCUAAUUUCAGUUGUAAUUUUCGCUAUUAGCAUAAUUAUGGUAGCGGGUCCUUUAAAACCGAUAUUAAUGAAAGAUGAAAUGACUAAAAAGUAA